UCGAAUUCUUUGUGUGUCGGUGCAAUCUGAGGGAAAUAUGUGUCUCUAAUAUGGUCAUACAUUUGGAGGUUAGGAAGUGCAGCUCAGUUUCCAACUAAUUUUGUGUGCACAUAGCCUGUCUUCUCUUGAGAGGUCUGCCUUCGGCGGCCUUUCUCAAUAGCAAUGCUAUGCUCCGUGAGUCCGUACAGCGUGCAUAGUCAAAGAUUUCCUUCAUCUUAGGUCAGUCAAAGUGGUCAGUUAUUCUGCCACGGUGUACUCUGUUUAGGCUCAAAUCGGAUUCUAGUUUGCUCUGUUAUUGUGUAAAUUCUUUCCAAUGUGUCAAGUAAUUUUAUUUGUGGUUUCACCCCACCACUGCUCACCAGGCAAAAGGUUACAAUCCCACGUAAACCCAGUGCAGUAGGUGGGGCCUAAAAGUAAUCGGAGGCAGAGUGCCAGAUGACUCUCGUCCUCACUCUACGGUUGUUGUGACCGAUGUUAUCGCAACAUUCGAAUCGAGGAAGUGGGGUGAUUGCAGAACUACUGUGCAAUUCUAAAGCUUCUUGACGCCAUACCGCGACCCGAGCGAGAAGAAUGACUCCCCGGAGAGUGUUCGCGCUACCCAGGCAGCAAUCCCUGUUUCUUCCGGCCGUCCUUAAUCCUUUUGUGCAGGAGGUGAAAUUGGCAAAGGCUGACAUUAUCAAAUGUGUAUUCCGGGGAAUCUUCCUGGUACCUAUCCGUGCCAUCUUCCUGACUCUGGUUCUCAUGGUAACAUGGCCUGUUGCUGUCAUAACAACAUUCAUGCACCCUCUCAAAGGCGCAGUGGCACCCAUGACCGGAUGGAGACGGUUCAUGUGUCGGCGUGUAAUGGCAUUCCUGGGGAGGUCCUACUACUUCUUCAUGGGCUUCAGGGUGGUGGUGAAGGGCCAGCAGGUGAGCAGUGCAGAGGCCCCCAUUCUGGUUGUGGCCCCACACUCCACCUUCUUUGAUGGCAUUGUGUGCAUCGUAGCAGGCCUGCCCUCCACUGUGUCCCGCACUGAGAACCUCGCCACUCCUAUAUUCGGCAGGUUUGUGCGGUGUCUCCAGCCGGUGCUGGUCUCCAGACAGGACCCAGACUCCCGUAAGAACACCAUUAUGGAGAUAGACAGCAGAGCCAAGUCUGGAGGCCGCUGGCCACAGAUCCUGGUCUUCCCUGAGGGGACUUGUACAAAUCGCUCAUGUCUCAUCACUUUCAAACAAGGUGCCUUCGUCCCUGGGGUCCCGGUGCAGCCUGUGGUCAUGAGAUAUCCCAACAGACUGGACACUGUGACUUGGACUUGGCAAGGCUUCAGCUCGAGAACCCUGCUGCUUCUCACUCUGUCUCAGCUCUACACCAAUGUAGAGAUAGAGUUUCUUCCUCCAGUUACCCCUACUGAGGAGGAAAAGAAAAGACCUGUGCUGUUCGCCAGGACAGUACGAAAUGUUAUGGCCCAGGCCCUGGGUGUGCCAGUGACGGACCACACAUAUGAGGACUGUAGACUGAUGAUCUCGGCUGGGGAGCUCACCCUGCCAAUGGAGGCUGGUCUAGUGGAGUUCACUAAGAUCAGCCAAAAACUUGACCUGAAGUGGGACAACGUGAAGAAGGAGCUGGAGGGCUUUGCAGCUGUGGCCUGCUCCUGUAAAGGAGGCCGCAUCAACAUCCAGGAGUUCGCCAGCUUCCUCAAGCUGCCCAUCAGCCCCGCCCUGCAGGAGCUGUUUGCUCUAUUUGACAGGGAUGGAGAUGGCACCAUUGACUUCAGAGAGUAUGUCAUCGGUGUAACCAUCUUAUGUCGGCCAGCUAACACCGAAGAGGUCCUCCGCACAGCUUUCCAGCUGUUUGACACUGACGAGGACCAAAGAAUCACUCAUGAAGAGUUCUCCUCCAUGCUUCGCUCUGCUCUAGGCGUGUGUGACCUCAACGUCGCCAAACUCUUUAAGGAGAUAGAUACAGACAGCUCUGAAUUCAUCACUUUCUCCGAGUUCCAGGCGUUUGCCCUGAACCACCCAGAGUAUGCCAAGCUGUUCACCACCUAUCUGGAGCUCCAGCGGUACCAGGCCCUCCAGGGGGUGGAGUCAGAAUUCUCCUCCACCAAUCACGUCUCCUCUGAGGAAAACCAGGAAGAGAGCAUCUCUGACAAAAAGGACGACUAAGUCUGAGGCAGAGACUGUCGUUGUGUUUGAGAGCAUUACCAUACAUUUUGUUCAGUAGCUGAUCACGGACUGAGCAAACUGACUGAUCUACUGUUAAUAAUACAGUUAUUUAAGAUCCAAGGUGAUUUGUUGAUCAAGUCUGCAGUUGCCGACUGCAAUGUUGUCGAUCUAGAUCAUGUACAGAGACGGAACUCUUUUUGAGCUCUCAGUUGAAUACACAGAGAGACGAACUAAUGUGUCUGAUGAACCACAACAGGAUUUCCCUGCUGAUUUUGAUUUAAGGCAUCCCAUUGUUUUGUCAUAGUUUUGCCUCUUCAGAUGAAAACUACCUAGUGCCAGCCCAUAAUGUAUGUAAAUGACCUGGAUACCCUUCUGAGAUGACUGUAUCCUGUACUCUUUAAUGUGUCUACCUGUUCACCUCUGUUUUCUACAGAUUUUCCUUGAAGAUAACAGGAAAGGCUGCCAAACAUUGCUUUUGUAUGAGUUGAACGUUUUUAAUGUAUGACUGGAUUGCAGGAAACGUCAUUAAUACCCGCUUUUUCUAAUGAUAUCAACCCAAUCUGGCAACCUAGCAAAGGAGCAAUAAUACAAGCUAUAAGGAUACAUGCUGUGCUUUACAGUUUUUCCACUGCUCAGGGACACACACACUGUAAGUAGUGCUGCUGUAUAAUUAGCUAAAGGUUUUGCUCUGCAUCUGUUUCUAUUUGCAUUUCCAUUGAAGAGUGAUGUUGCUGAGGCAGCAGUGGAACCGUAUGGCUUUAGUCAAACUAAAGCCCAAGCAUCUACUGAAAGAUAAGGCAAUUUGUGAGCAAAAAGGCAAGUGUGCCUUGUAAUACAACAGUGUAUUCCAGGGGUUAUGUAUGGUUUCAAGUUAACUAGCGUGCAUUGUUAUUUAUUUAGCAGAGCGCGUUGUUGCAAUUCUGUUAAGUUUUGUGAACACAGCAAACGUUCUUUUUUUGCAAUAAAAUCCGGUACAAUUUUAA